CACGUUACGAAAAUGGUCAGAUGAAGGAAAGAUCAAACAUUUAUCUACACCUAACGGCAAAGGAUUCUACCUUGUUGAAGACAUUUCAAGAUUGUUUGAAAACUAUGAGCGAUCUUUGAACAACUUGAACGAACAUAUUGAUAUUAAAAACCUAUAUAUCAAUGAAAUAGAAGAUGAAGCCAUUAAAAUUUCAAAAAUACCUACACUUGAAAAUAGUCAAGAAUUACCUAUCAACGUGAUUGAAGAAUUUGCUAUUACAUGUUCAAAUGAAAUUAAAUUACUCGUGGAUGAAAUUAAAAGAAAGAGAAUAAAUUUAGAUCAGAUCAUAGAAAUUUUGAGAAAGAAACGUGAGGAGAAAAGAAUCAUUAAAAGAAAAAGACUACAAUCAAGAUUAUCAGCAAGAAUGAAAUACCUUAAUGCACUCAACGAUGAUCAAAAUAAUUAA